CCAACCACAGGCAGCAGACGCGGUCCAGUCCACAAUAAUUUAAAACCUCUUCUAUAGAUGUUUAAAUAUCACUGAUUAACCGACAACAGAAUCACUUAGACUCCUCUACUGACCACAAUUUGAUCAAUUUCACAGACAUAAAGCUCCUCUUCUGACCACACUUCACCUUUUCCAUAGAAAACCUUACUGUGCCAUACCUGACCAUUUCAAGAAGCAUGAAGCUUCUAUACUGACCAUACCUGACAAAAUUCUGUUCUGGAAUUCCUCUACAUUGACCAUACCUGAACGAUUCCCCAGAUAUUUUUAACGGCAUUUAAAGAUGUUCAAAUUACGUUCUUUGACCAGGAACUGGUUAAUUAAACGAAUCCAGGCAAACAAUUUAUUAUAUGUGCUUUUACUCGUUAUCUUCAUAUUAUUCCUCAUUCAAGCAACACAUGAGAAAUUCAAACCAUGGCAACGACGUGGACCACAGCAUGUGAUGCAUUCUAAAGUGGAUUCUUAUGCAAAAACAUCUGUGAAAUUCUCCAAGCAAGAUUCAAUAUUCGAAGAACGGCGUAGACGACUGCAAGAAGUUUGUAACGGGAAAGAAAAUGUAUUCAUUGGUAACAACACGGAAGCUAAUAUCAAAGGUCGAAUGCACAUUGAUUCGAGACACAAAAUUAUAUACUGUGCCAUUGAGAAAACUGGCUCAACAUUUUGGAAGCGAACUAUGCAAAUUCUUAUCGGCAUACGGAACGCUAGUAAUCCAUUUGUUAUUCGGGGUAUGGAAGCGCAUUUCAGUUUCAAUACUCUGAGAAAGGUUUCUUUUGAUAUAGUUCACGUUCUUUUACAGAAAUAUACCAAAUUCUUGUUCGUGAGAGAACCGUACGCUCGCCUCUUGUCGGGAUAUGUCGACAAGCUUUUCUCGCCCAAUUCGUUCUACUGGAAAUACACAGGCACCUAUAUUGUUCGUUACUUUCGUUCACUUCCGUCUAACCACAGUAUCAAGUGUGGCCAUGACGUCACGUUUCCGGAAUUUAUUGAUUACUUCAUAGAUUCGGAAGAACAUAAUCGAUUCAGAAACGGCCAUUUCACACCGAGUUACGAUCAUUGUCGACCUUGCCAGAUUCAGUAUGAUAUUAUUGGGAAGCUUGAGUCAUUUAAAAACGACACUAUAUUCAUUCUGGAAAAACUUGGUGUAGAUUCUCUCAUCCAUUUCUCAGAUUUUGCCAAAGAGAGCGAAAUCGACGCUUUAACCGAUGCGGCAGAUAACGUCUAUGCCAUGAGGUUAGCGGUCACAAAAUGCAUGACGUUUACAGAAGCCUUACGUCGAGUGUGGAAGAAAAUGCAGAUCCGUGGUCUUUUGAGCCGCGAAAUUCCGUUUCCUUAUUCAGACGAUUCCCGGGCUUACAUUCCAUAUUCCACUUUCUUAAAAACAUUACUUGAUGCUCACGCACGUUCUGGUCCCAGAGAUAAAAGGAUCGAAAACCGCAAGCUGGCUCUCAUAGAAGCCUAUCGACAAAUCGACUACAGACAAUUGUUGAGGCUGAAAAGAAUUCUUGAACCAGAUUGCAAAAUAUUUGGUUAUGAUCCAGAACCAUCCAUUAUCUUCCAGCAAACUAGGCAGCCUGAAUCAUUCUAUUUUAUGUUUGAUUAUUAAACGGUUGACAAAUCGGUUUAAAUGGAUGAAUCAGUUUGAAGUAUAUCAACUGUUGGACUUUGUGAUAAAACGUCUUAAAUUCCCAUCUCAAAAAGACCCAGUCACUGCAAUCAUAAUUGAAUGCAAACAGAUUUAAACAAAUGACAUUCCAUUCAUAAAAUAAACCAGUGAGUGAAACAAUAAUAAUAAUUCUUUCUACUAUAGGUACAAGGCCAAAAAUUUGGGGGAGGGGAAUAGUCGAUCAGUGCGUAUCUGCUACUUAUUCCAUCAACCCCGAAAGGAUAAAAGGUAAAGUCAACCUCGUCAGAAUUUGAACUCAGAACGUAUAGACGAAUGAAAUGACGCGAAGCAUUUUGACCGGCGUGCUAACGAUAGUUGUAAUACAAUGUGCUACUGCUGUAAUUCAAUGUGCUGUCCAGAACGACAUUAUCCUUUUCUGACUUAUAAAACACGCCUUUCAAGUAUUUUAUACCUACAAUACAUCAAAUAGGUUAUCAUGCAGUUAACCGUCGUAAAAAUAGUGGAAGUAAAUUGCCCUUAAAAAAUGGAGUAAUUGCGAUAGAAACCGGAAGUGACGACAGUGACAUUCCAUGAUUUCAAGUAAAUACCGUAUGUAACGUACUAACAUACUUUUUAUAUAAGACAAAAACAAUCACAUUUACGAGGAAACUUAACGGUCAUUGAUGUCCGAAAUGAGAUUCGUGAAUAGGUUUUCACUAUCUCUAAAUUUGUU